AUGGAGUUGGCAUCUGAGUCCCAAGCCUCAAGCGUGAGACGCUCUGUCCUGGAGGCGCCCCUGCCUAAGACGGCUGCGCUCGAAAAUCAAAACUGUGACCAGUUUCUCCGAUGUGAGCCGCAAGCUGUGAGUUUGCGUCCAGUCGCCGAGUUGCCAGUUUGCGCUCAUGAAAGCGAGUCUUCAAUUCUGUUCUGUCUCAGGACAUACUUCUCGUUAGAGGGGACAAUCUACGAACAGGUGAAGGGCACACCAAUGGGUUCGCCGAUUUCGGGGUUCAUCGACGAGGCGGUCCUGCAACGGUUAGAGUCGCUGGUCUUCCAACACCACAAACCGAAGUUCUGGGCCCAGUAUGUGGAUGAUACCUUCGCCGUUAUCGACAGGGAUUAA